UCCCUGAGGACCGAGAGACUGAAGUGGCUUCUGAGUCUCCUUCUUCUCUCCAGUGCCUCCUCUCCUCCUAACUCCACUUCUUUCGGCUCUAGAGGGGUUCUUCUUUUUUGUUUUGUUUUUUUGGUACCGAGGAUCGAAGGGGUUGUUCUUUUUUGUUUGUUGUUUUUAGAGGCAAAGUCUCACUAUGUGGUUCAAGCUGACCUUGAACUCACUAUGUAGUCCAGGCUGGCCUUUAUCUCACACAAUCCUCCUGCCUCAGCCUCCCAAGUUCUGGGAUGACAGGCAUGCGCCUGGUGAGGAGGGGUCAUUCCAAUGAGCCUCCCGUAAAUCAUCUCCCUGCGAUGCUCUCACCUAAGACUCAAGGCCAAGGUGGUAAAGAGAAGGCCUAGCUGGUGCCCAGUGUGUUGUCAUGACCGAGGCCAUGUCCCCACUAUGCCUUCCAGCCGGGCUUUGUAUUUCACGUGUCCCUGAGCCCGACCCUUCUGCAGGCCAUAUCACUGUGCACAGUCAGCCCUCUGGCUCUUCUACCACAGAGCUGACCGAAGCUCUGCACCCACUGGAACCUUCGGGGUGGUGGAAUUGUGGGAUCAGGAAUUCCGAGACCUUCUGAGCACAGCAGCCACAUGGAAACACGCUGUGUCCCUGGCGACACCCAAAACCAUUCCACCCCCUCCCAUCUCUCGCCUGAGCUCAGUAAAUGCAGUGUGUUCUUCCUUCCUUCCAGCAAACCAUCAUUCAUUCUGCCUCAGUUUCGAUGAAGUCAACCCAGGUGUUUGGGCUCUGGGGUGUGAGCUAGCUGCUGUCUGUCGAUAGAAAGGGUUGCAGUGUAGGCUACGAGUCGGACACGCUGUGUAUUUCAACUCAUCCACUUACCCACAGACUGCAUGCUUAUUGUCUCCCUGCUAUGUACCAGUAUCAGCAAGCAAGAUCACUUCAGCCUCUGCACGCAGAAGGUUCCAGUUUAGAGGACAUGAGAGGGUUCUUGUAAGAAAGAAGAAAGGGGGCCGGGGAUUUAGCUCAGUGGUUUCGCCGCCUGCUGCUCAAGCGCAAGGACCUGAGUUCGAUCCCCAGUACCAAAAAAAAAAAAAAGAAAAGAAAGAAGAAAGGGGCAAGUCCACAUCCCUCUGAAUUGAAAACCCAUGUAGUUAUCUACUGUGCGUCACUGCCUCAUAGCACAUGACAUCCGUGUUCUGUAGCCUGUCAUCUGUUGUCCCCAAGCAUGCACUAACCUAGGUGUCUGUCCUCUUUCUGUCUUGUUUCUGGUACCACGAGAGCAGGGACUGUAUGUUCUACCUUUUGAACCCUCAGCAAAAUAGUCACAGACUGAUCAUGAUUCUGAUUAAAAUCUAAUUCAUGCUAAUGGCCUCUGUGGUGACAGGACAGUUCUACAAACUUCUAUCUCCCCCAAACGCUCUGUUAUGAAUCCUAAUUGUUUACUUAAAUAAGGAAGUCUGCAUUGAUAGCCAUGGAAAAUGUUUGCAAGAAAAAAGUGUGUUCGCAUUUUCACAAGUUCCUAAUUUAUGCUGUGCAACCAAAAACAGCAGCAUCAUUUGUGUGCCAAUGUCUCCAUGGAGGCGGAGCCUUUAUAGAAACAGCCCUUAGGUUUUUGGGCUGGAAAGCUGUGGUCACUGUAUGCACGACAUUGCUAAUUAUCCGUCUCCCACUGUGCCUCUUACUGGGACUUCAGAAUCCCUGAACAGCCACCUCUCUCUGUAUUCAGAACACACACACACACACACAAACACACACACACCCGCCCCAGGGAUUGGUCUGUGAGUGUGUACCUAUCUCACAUCUAAAGUCACUGGGCUCACGGGCGGGGGGUGCACACCUGUAAUCCCAGCACUUGGGAAGCUGAAGCAGGAGCUGAAGCAGGAAGAUCGCCACAAGUUUGAGGCCAGCCUGAUCUGCAUGGUGAGACCCUGUCCCAAAAAACAAAACAAAACAAAAAAGUCACCAGCUCAAUCAGAAGCUUGCUGGAGAAGAAUGUUUGCAUUUCAUACAUAUUCUUGUUCUCAUCAGACAGACAAGCUUAAAAAUGGUUUUCUUUCAAAAUAAUUUCUAGGGUUGAAGGUGUAGCUCCAUGGUAGAGUGCUUGCCUAACAGGUAUGAGCCCUGGGCCCCCAGCAACACACACACACACUCUAAUGAUAAAUUACAGCUCUUUCUGGCACUAAUUAAAAUCACACGUGGAAGAAUAGAUCUCCAUGAGUAUGUUCUAGACCAUUACUUUCUACAGUUUUGGAAAUACUUUGCUCCAUCCACUACAGCAGUCAUUAGGCACAGGGGCUGCUGAAGACUUGACUGGUGACCAGGGCAGCUAGUAAGAGCCAGAAUCUUUAAUUUAGUUGUAUUUCAGUUCAGAUAGCUGCACAUAAGUAGUGGCAACUGUCACACAGUACAUUUCUGGGCCACUCAUGAAACCCAAGCCAGCCUGCUGCAUGUUCACUCACGUUGCAGGGGUUUAUUGACCACCUGCUCUGCCAGCGUUGUUCUAGGUCUGGGGCGAACUGGCCCAGAUAAAAGAAGGAUCCCUGCCCUCCGGAGAGUCUGCUCCAGAGGAACUCAGGGGCCGGAGGAAGCUCAGAACAAGAGCAGCCAGCUCACUGUGGCUUCACUGUGCACAUCACAGUGUUGAAGCCCAGGAUCAGCAAGCACUUCAAGACCCGUGGUUGUUUAAUCUGUAAGCAGUCAUCAUGAAGAACCACUGCUAGCCAGGUGUGAUGUGCACACACCUGUAAUCCCAGCACUCUGGGAGGCCGAGACAGGAGGACUGGGCAAUUCAGUGAGACACUGUCUCAAAAUAAAAAAUUAAGGAAAAAAAAAAAAAAGAGGAGGCCUGGGACGUAGUUCAGUGCAAAGGCCCUAGGUUCAGUCCCCAGUAUCCCCUCCCCCAAACACACACACCAAAAACCCUGGAUAACAAAAGCAGGGCAAGCCUAGAUUAUAUAAAUUUUUUUCGGUACUGGGGAUCAAACUCAGGACCUUGUACUUAGCAAGGCAGGUGCGGUACCACUGAGCUGCAUCCCUGGCCCUAGAUUAUAGAGUUUCUUACCUCAUGAAUUUACUCGUAUUUUAAUUAGAGAAAAAACUAAUGAAAAUGAUAGCCACCCUUUAUUUUACACUCAGGACAUGUAGAUGCUUUAUUCAGGCUGGCUCAUUAUAUGUUCAUGGCUACCAUUUUAUUUAUUUACUCUUUACUUUUCCUGGGGAUUGAACCCAGGGUCUUGCAAAUAGAAGGAAAGCACUGUACCACUGAGCUGCCUCCUCAGCUCCUUUUUAAAAAAAAUUUUAAUUUUCGAUAUGGGGCUUGCUAAGUUGCUCAGACUGGCUCCAAUUUGUGACUCUCCUGCCUCAGCCUACGAAAUACCUGGGAUUACAGGCAUGCACCACCAUGUCUGGCUAUGGCAACCUUUUUAUCGUUAACUCCAUGUAGUAGAGAAGGAAACUGCGGUUUAGUGGACUUAACUUGCCCAUGUUACACCCCGGUCAAGGUUUGAGCUGGAUCAAACCCAAGCCUACUGGACUCCAGAGUCCGAUUGUGCCCCUCCUCCUAGCAUGCUGUCUCCCCAGGGAAAAUGUAAAGCGACUUUAACGUGAUGGCUUCAGUGUCUGAUGCACAGCUAAAGCGUACUGUCCACACACACGGCUCCAUGUGCAGCCGUGUCUCUUUCCAGUGCAGGGCCAAGGCGCCAGGUGAGAAGGCCGGGGAGGCCCCUAGAAGGCGAAGUCCGGGCCCCUGGUCCCUUUCCCAGAGACCCUCGGCAGGAGCUUCCCGGGGCGCAUCCCCGACCUGGACAUGCUCGGCUCCGACGUGAUCGUCCGCCGCCCAGCUGCAGGGCUGGGCGCCCGGGAGGCCGGCAGGAGGCCGUGGGGAGCCCGGCCCGAGCCCCGCAGCAUAAAGGACAAGAUCUGGCAGUGGGAGGGCAAGGAGCGGGCCGGCGCGCAGAAGGAGCCCCCGCCGCCUCGCACCCCGGAGCCCCGCGCGCUGCAGGCCGAGGAGACCAAGGCACCCGAGCGGGGCAGGGGCACGGGCAGAGCCGGGGCGCGCGGGCUGGGGAAGGCCUGGCAGGGCUCGGACCCCCGCGCGGUGCUGACCCAGGUGCAGCGGUUGGAGCGGGCCCUGCAGGACGGCUCGGCCGGCCUGGACCCGCAGCCGCCGGGGACCUGCUACUCGGCGCCCGCCCCGCCCGGCAAGGCGGAGCGCAGCCCCCCGCCCAAACCCCGCAGGACUUUCGAGCACGCGGGGAACGUGGCCGGGAGCCCGGGCUGCAGGACGCAGAGAGCACGGGGACGCCGCCCGCCGCUGCCACCCCUGCCGCCGCCGCCCCUGCCCGAGUCCCCGCCGCCCGCGGCCGUGAGCCGAAGGCGAGGGACAGCGAGGCCUCGGCCCAGCGCAGACCACAGGAAGUCCUACGAGUUCGAAGACGUCCUGCAGACCUCCUCGGAGAGCUGCAGGGCGGACUGGUACGCACAGACCAAACUGGGACUCGCGCGCACGUUGUCGGAGGAGAACGUGUACGAGGACAUUCUGGAUCCGCCCAUGAAGGAGAACCCUUAUGAAGACAUCGAGUUGCAUGGCCGCUGCCUGGGCAAGAAGUGCAUCUUGACCGUUCCUGCUUCUCCCACCUCGUCCAUCCCCGACACUCCCACCAAGUCAUUGUCCAAACCUGCUUUUUUCUGGCAAAAUUCAGAGAGGAGGAACUUCAGACUGCUGGAUGUGAGGAAGUUGAGUCGGGAUGGAGCAGGGUCCCCUCCCAAAACCAGCCCACCCUCCACUCCCAGCAGCCCCGAUGACACUGUCUUUAACCUCGGAGACCUACAGAACGGGAGGAAGAAGAGAAAGAUCCCCAAGCUGGUGUUGCGCAUCAACGCCAUCUAUGAGGCCCGGAGAGGGAAGAAGCGGGUGAAGAGGCUGUCCCAGUCCAUGGAGUGCGGCUCAGGGAAAGUGACAGAAGAGAACAGUGAGUCUGACAGUGACACUGAGGAAAAGCUAAAAGCUCACAGCCGGCGCCUGGUCAAUGUGAGGUCUCGCCUGAAGCAGGCCCCUCAAUACCCAGCCCUUGACCAUGAGCUCCUCGAAUACCAGGAGAGGCAGCUCUUCGAGUACUUCGUGGUCGUGUCUCUGCACAAGAAGCAGGCUGGGGCCGCCUACGUGCCGGAACUCACGCAGCAGUUCCCUCUGAAGCUGGAAAGGUCUUUCAAGUUCACGCGGGAGGCUGAGGACCAGCUGAAGGCCAUUCCGCAGUUCUGUUUCCCCGACGCCAAGGACUGGGCACCUGUCCAGCAGUUCACCAGUGAGACGUUCUCGUUUGUCCUCACCGGAGAAGACGGGAGCAGGCGGUUCGGGUACUGCCGAAGGCUGCUGCCUGGAGGCAAAGGGAAGCGCCUGCCUGAGGUGUACUGCAUCGUGAGCCGCCUGGGCUGCUUCAACCUCUUCUCAAAGAUCUUGGAUGAGGUGGAGAAGAGACGCCGCAUCUCUCCAGCCCUCGUGCAGCCCCUCAUGAGGAGCGUCAUGGAAGCCCCUUUCCCCGCCCUGGGCAAGACCAUUGUGGUCAAGAACUUCCUGCCAGGGUCAGGCACCGAGGUCAUCGAGCUGUGCCGCCCGCUGGACUCCCGGCUGGAGCACGUGGACUUUGAGCCGCUCUUCUCCUCGCUCAGCGUCCGCCACCUGGUGUGUGUGUUCGCCUCGCUGCUCCUGGAGCGGAGGGUCAUCUUCAUCGCAGACAAGCUCAGCACCCUGUCCAAGUGCUGCCACGCGAUGGUGGCUCUCAUCUACCCCUUCAGCUGGCAGCACACCUACAUCCCUGUGCUGCCACCGGCCAUGAUCGACAUCGUGUGCUCGCCCACGCCCUUCCUCAUCGGGCUGCUGGCCAGCUCACUGCCGCUGCUGCAAGAGCUGCCGCUGGAGGAGGUCCUGGUGGUUGACCUCAUCAACAACCGCUUCCUCCGGCAGAUGGAGGAUGAGGACUCCAUUCUGCCCCGGAAGCUGCAGGUGGCCCUGGAGCACAUUCUGGAGCAGAGAAAUGAGCUGGCCUGUGACCAGGAUGGAGGGUCCCCAGACUUUGAGCACGGCCCGGAGUGCAGCCCCCUGAGUGAAGUGGUGUCUGAGGCCUUCGUGCGCUUCUUUGUGGAGGUCGUGGGCCACUACUCUCUGUUCCUGACACCCGGCGCAGGCGAGUGGGAGGAGCGGGCCCUGCAGCGGGAGGCCUUCCGCAAGGCGGUGUCCUCCAAGAGCCUGCGCAGCUUCCUUGAGGUCUUCAUGGAGACGCAGACCUUCCGGGGCUUUGUGCAGGACCGAGAGCUGUGGUGCCAGGGUGCCAAAGGUCUGUUCGAGGUGCGCGCCCAGGAGUACCUGGAGACGCUGCCCAUCGGGGAGCACAGCGGUGUCAACCGGUUCCUGAAGGGGCUCGGCAACAAAAUGAAGUUUCUCCACAAGAAAUAGCUUGGCUCGGCCUCAACAGAAAGCUCUGGCCCAAUGGCCCUGGGUCUCAGCAGUUCCUGGUAGCCUCUCUGAGGGGCUGGGCCCUGGGGUUUCCCGGGGUGGGUCCAGCCACCAGCUCUGCCCGGGACACGCUGCGCACUGCCCAGAGCUGCCACCAACAGGCAACACGCGAUUUUCGUGGUUGUUUUGGGAUGUGGGGAUUUUAAACCUCAGAUGUUAAAAGAAAGUGUUUGGGUUUUCCUGUUGUUAUGCCGGGGCCCAAAUGAAGCUCUGUCCACAGCUCAAUCCAGCAGGAGGAGAAAGGGAGAACAGGGGACAGGCCGGGCUCCAAGGGAGGACAAAGCUGGGGCCAGUGACACCCACAGACACGCAGCAGGCUCCUCCUGCCGGGUCAGUGAUGCCACCUGGUGGCCGAGGCCUUGUGUCUCGAGGACUUGCUGGUGGCUUUUGUCCUCUGGAAGCCAUGGACGUCUUCACGCAGCCUGGGACUGAGGGCACUCACAGGAAGAGGAGACCCUGUAAACUGUUACUAAAAUGUUCCUGGGGCCCUGAAACUUGUGACACCGGCUGGACCCCCCUGGGGACCCUUAACCACCACAGUGACCGCAUUGCAUGCAGACGGAGAGGGGACGAAGGAGGCUGUGGUCCAGUGGUGGUCGGGGGCCUCAUGAGAUGCGGGACUGUGGACGGCAGGAGCAGGUGCAGCAGGGCCACAGGCCGAGAGGCACUUUGGGGACGGGGGGCGCAAGCCAGGCUCAGGGCAGCCUCCGGCCAGCCCCCGGGACACCCCCUCCCGGGUCCCAUCAAGGUGCCGCCCAGAACCUGACCAAAGCACAGAUGCGACUCUGACCUCAAAAGUGACCCAGGGGCCUUGUGGCACCGUAGAUGCUCGGGCCUGUCAGGGAGUUAGGGGCACUACCCCAAAACUAGCCAGGAUCUGGGGCACCCAUUUCUUUCCCACAGAAGAUACAGAGUUUAUGUCAGGGUUGCUAGGACUCCCCCAAAGGUAGGGAUCAGGCUAUGCAUACGCAUUAACCCGAGGAAGGCCAGACAUGGACCUGUCACCCCAGCACUCAGAAGGCUGAGGCAGGAGGGUUGCUGGGAGUUUGAGGCCAGCUUGGGCUACAUAGUGAGACCCUGUCUCAAAACAACAAUAACAAAAAGAAAUAAUAACCCAAGGAGCUGUGUGGCAGGGGGUGGAGGAGCCUGGAUGAGAGUCUGUGUGGGGCUCAGGAGUUCGUGUCUCCCCACAUUCCUUACCUUUAUUAAUGCUGAUUCUGUCCAGAAAUAACCAUUCUUAAUAUUUUGGAAUACGCUUUUCUUUUCUAACUUAUUUCUUAUUAUAUUGUUUAAUUAAGACUUCUACAUGAAUAAAUAUAUAUCUUUAUCAACA